UGACCAAUGGGAGCCUUCUGUGUUCAUUGAAAGGACCAAUCGUGAGCGCGAAGGGAAGCUUUUUGAAAACGUUGGCGGCGAAGACAGACACUGAAGGACUUUCAUCGCUGCUUUUAAAAGCGUUAAACUUCGAGAUGCAGAAUAAGGAGAAUUAUCAGCCGCAAGGUUUCCAAGGAACGUUAACAACUCCCAGCAUGGUGGGAGGACCUCAGCGUGUUCAGGUGAAGCCACGAGCAGACAUGGACAAAAAUGCUAUCACAGGUCCUGGGAGGGAUCGUGUCUGCCCGUCGUCGAGUUCAGUCUCAAAGAAAUUUUCCAUUGAUGACUUCGACAUCGGCCGGCCGCUAGGAAAGGGCAAAUUUGGCAAUGUGUACCUCGCGAGGGUAAAGGAGCUGCAGGCCAUUGUGGCCCUGAAGGUGUUGUUCAAGUCACAGAUGGAAAAGGAAAGUGUGGAGCAUCAACUGAGGAGGGAGAUCGAGAUUCAGGCACAUCUCAAGCACCCCAACAUUCUGCGCUUCUACAAUUAUUUUCAUGACCGGAAGCGAGUGUAUUUGGUGCUGGAGUACGCCCCGCGUGGCGAGAUGUACAAGGAGCUGCAGAAAUGUGGAAGAUUUGAUGAGCAACGCACGGCGACAUACAUGGAGGAGAUCUCUGACGCGCUGCUGUAUUGUCAUGAGAAGAAGGUGAUUCAUCGUGACAUCAAGCCCGAGAAUCUGCUUCUGGGCUACAGAGGAGAGCUGAAGAUAGCUGACUUUGGAUGGUCAGUCCACGCCCCGUCUCUAAGACGUCGCACGAUGUGCGGGACACUGGACUACCUCCCCCCUGAGAUGAUCGAGGGCCACACCCACAGCGAGAAGGUUGACCUGUGGUGCAUCGGGGUCCUCUGCUACGAGUGCUUAAUCGGAAACCCACCUUUUGAAACUGCCAGCCACUCAGAAACAUACAAACGGAUUACAAAGGUGGAUUUGAAGUUCCCUAAAGUCAUCUCUGAUGGAGCACGGGAUCUGAUCUCUAAGCUGCUCCGCCACAACCCCAUUGACCGUCUCUCACUACAGAGCGUCAUCGACCACCCCUGGGUGCGCUCCAACUCCCGCCGGGUCCUACCCCCCAUCUGCCCAGCAGGGAAAUCCUGAGUCCACGUGGCGGGGCUGCUUACCCCCCUUCCCACUGAGGGGUCUUCAGACUAACAUGGCACAUCUGCUGAUUGGUUUAAAUGCACAGAAUCUUCUAUUGUACAGUGUGAUGUCAUUAUCUAUGUGGUGUUUCCUGUCUUUGUCUUUCUCUU